AUGUCAUUCGUCAACGUCGAUGGAUCUAUCGCCUGUAUUCUUCGAACUUGUCGACAAACCCUACUCAAGCUACGUCGUUACCUACAGCACCAGCUUCAUGAUCCUGAUCUUAUCUUGGAAUCCGCAAGAUGCAGUGACGCUGUUGGUCGUCUUUUGAUGUGGGACUCAGAGACCGGCGCUGGACUAGGUCGACUUGAUCACGGACUUCGAAAAUCCUCAAGACUUCGCGACGGAGUGUUAGAUCUAUUACGCGAAUUGGUAGCUGUUACUAAGGAAGCAAUUUCGUCCAUGAAUGGUAAGGAAAAAGCUGACGGAGGAGAUGCCGCUCAGGCACAUGAACCCUCACCAACACUCAACAAAAUUCAAUCGAUUUCAUUGGAGCUUGGAAGUAGUCUGUCAGCAAGCACAGCUGAUCUGUCUUCACCACUUCAUGAAGCGAUAUCUGAAUUAAACAGCAUUCUGGAUUGCCUCUUGAGACAGGUUCCAGCUUUACAAGACCCAACCCCUCAUGACUCAAGAACAAGGAAUACGUAUGAAGGCGCAUACUUCUUUGAUCUAACUCACAUCACGAACAAAUUUCCUAAUGCAAACGAAGAACUAUUGAAACACCUAGGAGUCGCGAAUUGGAAGCGUAGGCAGGAGCUUAUAUUUCUGCGAGCACAAAUUGAAGAAGCAGAAGAAGCCAAGGCAGAAGCAGUGACCCCUUGGUCAGCUCUGAAAGCUGGUCAAUCGGGCAUGAGCAAAGAAACCCAAAUCUAUACUGCUUCAGAAGCUGGGACUACAGCUUCGCAGUAUAGCACUGUCGAAAGUAUUGGUCUGCAGAGUUGUACGACGGGCCAUGCAUCGACAUUUUCAAGGAGAGCCUCUAUGGAAACGGUGACAACCUCGAUGUCUGGUGCCUCCGUAUACAAGGAUCCAUCUCUUGAUCUAGAUGAAGCAGUCGAUACUCCCCGCUUGAAUUUACCUCGCCCGCCAGCGCCAAAUUCCAACUUCGAAGGCAAAAGAUUUAAAUCGAAGACAUACGGCUCCAAAAACGACUGGAUACAGCACGAAAUUGAAGUGCAUCGAACUGAGAAGAGGUGGUUUUGCAAGCCAUGUGAUAAAGAGCUUGUUUCCAGACAAGCCUUUGAUGAACACAUGCGAGAAAAGCACACUGAAUUCAGCAAGAUACCCCAAUUAGAUGUUUUUGCAGAAAUCUGCCAAAAGACCUCCGCCAAACUGGAGUAUCGAACAGAAUGUCCUUUGUGUCUACAGGGGAAUCGUAGCGAAAAAAGACUACGAAGGCAUCUAGCAGAUCACCUCGAGCAAAUUGCCCUCUUCGCCGCGCUCCGAGACAAAUCGCGACUUGAGGAUGAUGAUACUCUCGACUUGAUAGACGAUUCAGAAUCGGAUGAAAAUGUUGAUGUCAGCCUCAGGGAAAGUAUAGACAGUCUGAGUAUAGGAUCGGAUAGAGACAAUGAUUUCGAUCUCAUGGAGGAUUCAGGAUCGGAUGGAAAUACACUAGCGGAGAGUGUUGUGCUCGACACACAAGAUGACUCAAAAGAUCAAAUGGAGACACGUCAAGCCGCCAUAGAAAGAUAUCUCGGCGACCAAGUGGAAGCGAAAGUAGGCAGUAUUGGUCAAGGACUUCAAGAAACUUCUACGACGGGACAAGUGUGUUUUCCCGUGAUGACCAUGGUGCAUCCACCAAACGAGUAUUUCUUCGGACGUGAUCAGGCUCUGGAACAAUUGCAUCAGAAUCUGUCGAAUAUCGGUGAUAUCUGCGUCAUUCACGGGGCGGGUGGUAUCGGGAAGACCCUGACUACUGUCGAGUAUGUAUAUCGUUACAAAGAUGAAUACGAAUGCAUCUUCUGGCUUCAAGCCGACACUUCGCCUGGUCUGGCAGAAUGUUACGCUGAUAUCGCGCGUGAACUCAAACUCGUUGAAGGAAACCAGGAUCAGUCUCAAAUUAUUGAACUGAGCAGACACUGGCUGGACACUAGCGGACGUCGGUGGCUGCUCAUAUUCGACAACGUUGAGGUUUGGAAUUACGUAAUCUCGUAUCUGCCGCAAGGUUUCUUUCAUAGUCGAGGCUCUAUCAUUGUUACCACCCGGAGUUCCGACUUCGCCACAAGAGUCAAUCACAACUUACCACUUCAAACUUUUGCAAUUGAGGAAGGAUCAAUCACCCUACUCCAGUAUCUCAACCGCCCAAAUCCCAAAAGUGACCCCGACCACCCCGUAGCUCAAGAAAUAUCUGGCCUUGUCGGCGGAUUACCUGUGGCCCUUUCUCACGUCGCAGGUCUUGCAGCAUACUCAGAAUGUACAUUGUCUGAGCUCCUAGAAAUUUUCAAGCAAAGGCGUAAACAUACUGAAGCCGCGAUGAGUGAGGACGAUGACCUUCCGGCCUCGUUUCGACAAGCAUCCUACAGUUAUGAUGAGACGCUUACCAUGGUGUGGAAUGUCACUUUGAGAGAAUUACCUAUCGACCCCCGAGACAUGAUAUACAUUCUAGCGUACUUGAGUUGUGAGGCCAUUCCAGAAUCCAUGCUCUUUGGCGUUCAUCAAGAAGAUAUCCUCGAUUUGUUCGAUUCUAGGGAGCCAAUUCGAUAUACGAGGAUGAAGAGAACCCUUAUCAAGCGUCGUCUGAUACAGACCAGAAAUAUUGACGGCGAAGCCUGCCUCUCUCUGCAUCGAUCGUUACAGCGCAGCAUCCAGGACACCAUACUUAAAGAUACCAAUAAUGCGCAACUGGUUUUUGAUCAGGCUCUUGUCCUCGUUCGCAAAGCUUUUCCUGCUCCGUCACCCACUCAAGCCCCUGACCCGAUGAGCUGGUGUGGACAACAGCGGCUGCUUCCCCACGUCAGGAGUCUUCUGAACGUUUUUAUAGAGGGAAAAGAUACGAUCCGCGGAUCGAAAAGGUUCGCUAAAUUACUCUCUGAUGCCGGAAUCAACCAAUGGGCUCACGGAUUUACUCGAGACGGCCUUUCACUACUCACGACUGCAGAACGAGUACUACAGUCCGUGCGUACAGACUCUUCGAACCUACAAGCCGAUAUCCUCUCACUCGUAGCUCUGAUGCAAGAUAACAUGGGUAUCUCCACCCGAGCAGAGAGUCUUCGCCGUCGUGAGCUAGCUCUCAAGAUUCGAAGGAAGUAUGUCGAAGGUCUUUCCCAGGCGAAUCAAGUUGAAGAAACACUUCUAUACAAUUCUUCGCUCGACUACGGUAUCUCUUUGCUCCAGUACAACAAAUAUCAAGAAGUCGAAUCAAUCCUGGACAGAUGCCUCGAGAAGUAUCGUCAAUGGGGCACACCAGAUGAUAUUCCCUACGAAUAUGCCAAAUAUGGUCACAAAAUGGGACUGAUCCGAAUGUACCAAGGACGAUACGAAGAAGCCUUGGAGCUUUGCCGAGAUGGUGUUCAGCAGAUGGAAAAGACAGGCAACGAUUCCCUCAUGCUUCGCUUCAAGUUCGAUCUUGCCUGCAUCCAUCUGCAAAAAGGGGACAUUAAAAAAUCUCUGGCAAUCCACAAGGAAGUUUUAAAUCAACGCCUUCCCGUAUGUGGUAAAUCCAACGAAAACACACUCCAGAGCUACUACGCCAUCGGCGCACUUGAAGAGAUCCGUGGCAAUUAUGCAGAAGCCGAGGCCAAUUUCCGGCACGCGCUUGAUAGACGGCGGACAGCGUUCUGGUCCACCGAAGCGAUCGCACGUACGCAAUACCAUUUGGCUAAAGUUCUUUGGGCUCAAGGGAAAGAUAAUGAAAGAGCUACCAAGAACUAUGAGGAGGCAAAAGAGACACUGAACGAGUUACUUCCUUUAGAUUUCCCCGACAACCUGAAAGAUGUGCAAGACGAAGAGGUGCUAUUCGAUCACCUGUUGACUGUUUAUGGGGCUCGGUUCACGGGAACGAAAUUGUUGGAGGUUGUACGCUAG